AUGACUACACUCAUACGAGGCUCCUGCUGCACUACACAGUGUUUACAUCCUGCUAUUGUUGUUGUUGUUUGGCAUCGUUGCUAUGACGAUGAUAAUGAUACUGACAAUAAUGACGAAGAUGACGAAGAUGAUAAUGAUGACGUGGGGGAUGAUGAAGGAGAUGAAGAGGACACUUAUCAGGGAGCAAAUUCCGCACCACCCAGCCCUCUGGUCACCGCUGCUGCAGUGCCCAGCCCUCGGUCACCGCUGCUGCAGUGUCCAGCCCUCGGUCACCGCUGCUGCAGUGUCCAGCCCUCGGUCACCGCUGCUGCAGUGUCCAGCCCUCUAGUCACCGCUGCUGCAGUGUCCAGCCCUCUGGUCACCGCUGCUGCAGUGUCCAGCCCUCGUGUCCUGCCCUCGGUCACCGCUGCUGCAGUGUCCAGCCCUCUAGUCACCGCUGCUGCAGUGUCCAGCCCUCUGGUCACCGCUGCUGCAGUGUCCAGCCCUCUGGUCACCGCUGCUGCAGUGUCCAGCCCUCUGGUCACCGCUGCUGCAGUGUCCAGCCCUCUGGUCACCGCUGCUGCAGUGUCCAGCCCUCUGGUCACCGCUGCUGCAGUGUCCAGCCCUCGGUCACCGCCUGCAGUGUCCAGUCACCGCUGCUGCAGUGUCCAGCCCUCUACCGUCUGCAGUGUCCGCCCUCUAGUCACCGCUGCUGCAGUGUCCAGCCCUCUGGUCACCGCUGCUGCAGUGUCCAGCCCUCUGGUCACCGCUGCUGCAGUGUCCAGCCCUCUGGUCACCGCUGCUGCAGUGUCCAGCCCUCUGGUCACCGCUGCUGCAGUGUCCAGCCCUCUGGUCACCGCUGCUGCAGUGUCCAGCCCUCUGGUCACCGCUGUUGCAGUGCCCAGGCCUCUGGUCACCGCUGCUGCAGUGUCCAGCCCUCUGGUCACCGCUGUUGCAGUGCCCAGCCCUCUGGUCACCGCUGCUGCAGUGACCAGUCUCUAG